UCAACAAGUGCAAAUUGUAAAUUUUAAGUAACAAAUAAUAAAUAAUAAAAUCUGAGUGAUGAGUUGCUUUAGUGCAAUGAACACGCCCCUUUUGGGUGAAAUGGAACAAACGAUCUGCAUGCUAGAGCGCGGCACAAUUGUUACAAAAUUAUAUGGAAAACAGCGAAGACCCGAUCGACGACACCUAAUGCUUAUCAGAGAGACGCGCCAGCUGCUUUGGUCCACCCUGGCAGCACAAACACGCACAGACUAUGAGGGUACUCUUCAAUUGCGUGAAAUACGAGAAAUACGCGUGGGUAAAAACUCAAAAGAGUUUCGCUUACAUGCGGAUGAUUGCCAACGCUUUGAGAACAGCAAAUGUUUUGUCAUUAUGUACGGCAACAAUUUUAAACUUAAGAGUUUUUCCGUGGUGGCCCUGUCUGAAAUAGAAGCAGAGCAUUGGGUGCGUGGUCUGCGCUAUAUGGUCAAAGACACACAACUCGCGCCCUAUACGCUGCAAUUGGACCGUUGGCUACGACGUGAAUACUACGCUCUUGAGCAUGUGCAUGCGCAUGCGCAUAUGGGUAAACCGGAGCAGAGCACGCCAGUGACUAUUAAGGAUUUCAAAAGUUUUCUCAGUAGCGUCAGCUGCAAGAUGAGCACCAGCAAGUUUAUGGAAUGCUUUACGGAUGAUAUACGCCGUAAGCAUGAUCUCAAGUUUGACGACUUUUCACGCUUAUAUCAAAAGUUAUUGCUGCCUGUUAAUUUUUUGCCAUUGCUGGGCAACCUAGAGCUGGCGGACAAACAAACUGUGCGUCCAGUGGAGUUUCAACGUUUCCUUGCCUCUGCGCAGCAGGAUAAUCAGCUCAACGAUCUAGCCUCUAUAGCUAGCUUUAUGCGCGACUUUGUGCAGGAUGUGGAGCGUGAAGUGCAACAGCCGUUUCUUACUAUAAAUGAAUUCGUUGAUUAUUUAUUUAGCAAGCAAAAUGAUCUAUGGGAUGCUGCACGCCAUGAUGCCGUCAACAUGGAUAUGAAUCAACCAUUAUGUUGCUAUUGGAUCGCCUCCUCGCAUAACACUUAUCUCACUGGCGAUCAGUUCUCAAGUGAAUCCUCUUGUGAGGCUUAUGCGCGUGCCCUGCGCAUGGGUUGCCGUUGCAUUGAGCUCGACUGCUGGAAUGGCCCCGAUAAUCUACCCUACAUAUUUCAUGGACAUACGAUGACAUCGAAAAUCAAAUUUAUGGAUGUAAUUAAAACAAUAAAGGAGCACGCUUUUGUAACAUCCGAAUAUCCUGUAAUAUUGUCAAUUGAACAAAACUGCUCAUUGGAGCAGCAACGCAACAUGGCACAGGCGUUGAUCGAGGUCUUUGGUGACAUGUUGUUGACCCAACCAUGUGAUCGUAAUGAGCUGCAGCUCCCUUCACCCAAUCAACUGCGUCGCAAAAUCAUUUUGAAGCACAAGAAGUUGCCCCAAUUUGAUGAGAAUGUUGUUGCAAGCAACAAUGGGUCAUUGAACACAUUUAGCCAACGCUCGUCUCUGAGCGGCGGUGGCGAUGAGCAUGAGAAUAUGCAAAAGAUUUUAAAGAAAGGCCUGCUGUACUUUAAGGAUCCCGUGGACAAAUGCUGGAAUCUUUAUCAGUUUGUUUUGACGCAACAAGAGUUGAUUUAUAGCUCAGAGAUCAAUGAGGGUCGCAAUGGCAAUUCAGAGGAUGAUGACUUUGGUUUGUCUGCCUGCAAUUUGAAUUCAAGCAUGCAGCAAAAGCAAAAGGAUACGGCAGCGAAUGAUGAGCUACAUUUUGGCGAGCAUUGGUUUCAUGGCAAAUUGGAGGGUGGACGCAAGGAGGCAGAUCAGCUGCUUGAGACGUAUAACCAUCUAGGCGAUGGAACGUUUCUGGUGCGUGAAUCGGCAACGUUUGUGGGAGACUACAGCCUAAGCUUUUGGCGACGCAAUCGUCCGAAUCAUUGUCGGAUUAAAUCCAAGCACGAGCAAGGCGCCAUCAAGUAUUAUUUAGUGGAGAAUUUCGUAUUCGAUUCGCUCUAUGCGUUAAUUGUUUAUUAUCGCAAGAAUAUGCUGCGGAGUUCAGAGUUUUCCAUAAUACUCAAAGAGCCUGUGCCACAGCCGAAGAAACACGAGAGUCAGGAUUGGUUUCAUCCGAAUACAAGCAAGGAGCAGGCAGAGCAGGCGCUGCUUAAGCUAGAGAUUGGCUCAUUUCUAGUGCGUCCUUCGGUGCAGAGUAUCAAUGCAUUUGUCAUAUCGUUUAGCAUAAAUCGCAAAAUUAAACAUUGUCGCAUUUUGCAAGAGGGACGUCUCUAUGCCAUCGAUACCAUGCAGUUUGAGUCCUUGGUCUCCUUGAUACAUUACUACAUGCGUAAUCCGCUCUAUCGCAAUGUUAAGCUCAUGCAUCCUGUAUCCCAAGAGCUGCUGCGUCAGACUUUACUGGAGCAUGCUCAGCAGCUAUUGCACGGCAGCGAGCAUAGCGUCGGCAGCGAUAGCAAUGGCGCCUCCAACUAUAUGGGCGCCAAUCUGGACGAGUAUGUCACCUGUAAGGCGCUCUAUAGCUAUAAAGCUGAUAAGCCCGAUGAAUUGUCCUUUCCAAAACAUGCCAUUAUUACAAAUGUUCAACGUAACAAUAGCAUGUGGUGGAAGGGUGAUUACGGCGGACUUAUACAGCAGCAUUUUCCGGCUAACUAUGUUAAGGUAAUUGACUCAAGCAGCGAGGAUUACAAUUCGUUGAAUGAGGAAGGCCAAGAUGGACGCACCGACUCCAUAGAGAUCUAUGGCGCAGUUGCCUCGCUUUUCGAAUCCAACGAACCCGGCAUUAUAAUAAAACUACAAAUACAAACACCCACAAUGCAAAGUCCAUUCAUCAUAGGCUUUGACCAGCAGGAGGCGGCCUACGAGUGGAUUAAAGCAAUACAAGAGGCUGCCUUUUUGGCCAGUCAGCUGGCCACAGAGCGUCGUAAGAAGGAGCGCACAGCGCGCGUAGCCAAAGAGAUGUCCGAUUUGAUAAUAUAUUUCCGCAGUGUGCCUUUUCGAGAUCACAGCUGGAUAUUUCAGGAAAUGUCCAGUUUUCCCGAGACCAAAGCUGAAAAGCAAUUUAUACAACAGAAUAUGCCUUUAUUUUUGGCCUAUCAUCGCCAGCAAAUAAGUCGCGUGUACCCCAAGGGACAACGCUUAGAUUCAUCGAACUUUAAUCCGGUGCCAUUUUGGAAUGUGGGCUCCCAGAUGAUAGCCCUCAACUAUCAAACCGGUGACAAGGCCAUGCAGCUAAACCAGGCCAAGUUUCGUCAGAAUGGCAACUGUGGCUAUAUACUCAAGCCCAGUUUUAUGCGCAGCGAUGCAUUCAAUCCCAAUAAUCCACAGUGCGAGGGACUGCUGGAGUCCAAGGUUACUGUGCGCAUCAUUGCCGCACGUCAUCUGUUUCGCGGUGGCAAGUCAAAUAAUCCCCAAAUAGUCGUCGAGCUAGUGGGCUCUAGUUUCGAUAGCGGCAUUAAGCAUCGCAGCAAGGUGAACGAGAAUGGCUUUAAUCCCGUAUGGAACGAAUCCGUUGAGUUCACAGUGCAUAAUACACACUUUGCCCUGUUGCGCUUCGAGGUGCAGGAUGAGGAUAUGUUUGCUGAAACACAUUUCAUUGCGCAAGCCUGCUAUCCCUUAGCCUGUGUGCGUCCUGGCUAUCGUAGCAUUAUACUGCGCAAUAAAUUUAGCGAGGAGCUGGAAUCCUGUUCGCUCUUAAUACACCUGGACAUCAGUCGACGUCAGCCUGCAAUAUGAUUUUGACAGUAUUUUCUACAAAUUAUCAACAUAUCAGAUAUAUUUUUAUAUAUUAACUAUACUAUACAUAUACAUAUAGCCAAUUUAUACUUCCAUUUGCGCUACGCAUACUAUUCCACAGCAUUUACAUCACUAUUUAAAGGGAAACGAUUGUUAUACAUAUAUAUAUACCACAUAUCUAAGCUGUGCUCACAUUUUCUCAAAAACAAAGAACACGCUAGUGCCUUAGCCCAAUUUUUAUCAGUCAGAGUCAGCACAUUGAAAUACAAUGGGAAAUUGUAUGUUUUAAUAAUAUUAUGUGUAUGCCGUAAUAUACUUGACAUAAUUUAUUUGUAAUUUAUAAACACAUUGU